AUGGUUAUUACUUGCAUUCACCAAUCUAUUGAGACUACUGAUACUCUUCUGGAUAAAAAAGACGCCAUUAUCCAGGAGAUGAAUGAGAAGAAAGAGUUGCUUAUAAUUGAAAAGAAUAAAAUGUCAUCAGAGUCCGCCAAACAAGAUGAAGUUGAUGAUUCCCUUGAUGCUUACAUGUCUGGACUUUUAUCCCAACUUGUUCAAGACAAAAGUGUGCAGCUUGAGAAGGAAUUGUCAACUCUUCAGUCCGAGUUGGAUAGGAUUUUCUACUUAUUGAAGAUUGCUAACCCAACAGGCGAAGCUGUCAAGAAAAGGGAGUUGAAAACACAAGAAUCCAAAUCAAACAAAUCUCAAGAAGUUGCCUCUAACAUAAAAAAGAAACCACAAGCGAAAACCCAGAAAAUCAGUGAACCUUGUACUAAGGUCGAUAACAAGAAACCACUUGUGGAAACCCAGAAAAUCAGUGACACUUGUGCAAAGGCAGAUAACUCCAUACAAGAAGGGAAACAUGAAGAUGCAACUAUGGAUUUAGACAAGUCAGAACCUGGAAGUGACAACGUGGAGGGUGAGAAUGUUGUAUACACGGUUCCAAAGCCCCAGUGGCUUGGAGCUGUAGAGGACAUGGUUACAGAUGAUAACCAACAAUCAAUAGCCCCUUUGCAUGAUACGGACGAGUCCAUCCAGUUCGUUGACUACAAGGACAGGAACAAAAUUUUGGAUUCAGGUGAUGAUGCAAAGACUAGAGAAUCUAAUAUUGAGUCUGCUGCUCCUAGUCUGAUUUUAAGGAAAAGAAAACAAGUUGAGAUGACGGGUGCAAAUAGUAAUGAUGUCACUCGGCAAUCGACUUCUGCUCAUGUGGGUGAAAAAAUGGCUGAGAAUGCUAUGGCUUUAUUAUUAAAGCAAAAAAGGGAAUUGUAUGCAACUGAUGAUGUGGAAAACCAAGAUGAGGAGAAGAGGAAGCCUAAAAGAGUGCUUGGGCCUGAGAAACCAUCAUUUUUGAACAAUCAGACAGAUGACACAUGGGUUUCCCCUCAAGGAUAA